AUGUAUCAAAAAGCGCUCAUUUAUGUUGAACCAGCCAAAGGCUCGAAAUUCAUCACUGAAGUGUCUACGGUAAGAAAUUACGUCAAUUGCAACUACAACUUAGCUUUUGGUACUCCACUAACAGAUGCGUGCUCAACUUGUCUCCGUGCAGAAGAUUCUAUUGCAAAAGCAACUUUCCCCGAAGAAAAAACAAAACUACUAAUCGAACACAGGGUCCAUGUCUUAAAAACUAAAGCAUUUUACGGUAUGCUUAAAAAUGAUCAAGAAGAUGUGGAAAUUUGCACAUUUGACUGCCAGAAAAAUUUGCCAUUACCCAAACUUCCCGACCAAUCGGCAUACUUGUGUCAGCAAAUAAACCUUUAUAACUUUACGGUUGUUUGCGACAUGAGACCCAAGAAGAUGAAGAUUGAAAACUCUUUGAAGGGAGACAAGUCUUUGGAAUUCUAUAAAAUUAUUGACAAAAAUGCCACAGAAGCCCAGAAUAGAACAGACCCCGACGAGGAAUACGAGACUGAAGAAGAAGAACCAGUCCUAAAAAUUUAA